GAAGAAGUGACCGGAAUCUUUAUAGCCCUAAGGAGAGGGAUUUGGCGGAAAACGUGAAAAUGCAGAGAGAAGAGAAGCAGCUUGAGGCUUGCCUGGAUGCCCUUAUAUCUCAAGUUUCUGACAUCAAAAACUCUUUGGUUGGCUUUAUCCACAAACUUGAAAAUGAGUAUGACCGACUGACAUGGCCAUCUGUACUUGAUAGUUUUGCACUUCUGUCUGGGCAAUUGAACACACUGAACAAAGUGCUUAAAAACGAGAAGACACCUCUUCUAAGAAACCAGGUCAUCAUUCCACUUCUUUUGUCUCCGGACAGAGAUGAGGAGAUCAUGCGUCUGACAGAAGGUAGGGUUCCAGUAUUUAGCCAUGAAGUGGUACCAGAUCACCUGAGAACAAAACCAGACCCUGAUGUGGAAGAGCUAGAAAAACAGCUAAGUGCUGAAGCAGCCCGUAUCACCUCUGAGGCUGCACAGAAACAAGUUCAGAGUAUGAACAAAAUGUGUUCCAAUCUGUUAGACAAAAUUAGCAAAGAAGAGAGGGAGUCUGAACUUGGAAGUUUAAGACAGAACAAGCAAACAUUUAAUCCUACCGACACAAAUGCACUUGUAGCUGCUGUGGCAUUUGGAAAAGGACUUUCAAAUCGUCGCCCACCAGGACAAGGUGGUCCUAUGGCUCCAGGACAGACAGGAGCCAGCAGCAUGCUUCCAAAUGCUACAGGUAUGCAGGUUCCAAUGUCAUUGCCACCAAACCAACAGCAACAACACAUGGCUGGAGUAUCAAUGUCACAGGGCAGCCAGCCAGGUAAGAUGCCCAGCAGUAUUAAAACCAACAUUAAAUCUGCCUCAAUGCACCCAUAUCAGCGAUGAAAGCCUGUUCUGAUGGGACACUAACAGGACUACAAGGAAAUAUUACCUACCACAGUUUCAUUGGCUUCAUAUUGGAUUAUUUCUUUGACAUCUGUUGAGGUUUGCGUGCUUGGGCUGGACAAUUUUCAGAAUUGUUCGAUAUUACAUAUUACAGCAUUAGUGAAAAAUCACUCAUGUUCUUGUAAAAAUACAAAUAUAACACUUGAGCUUAAUUUUUUUUUUUUUUUUGUGGGAUUUUUAUUUAUGUGCAUAGAUGUCAUUUUUGCUGAUAUUGCAGCACUAAAAUUGCAAAAUAAAAUAUUUUUUGUAAGGUGAGCAGAUAUUAGGUUUUUGUAUAUGACUGCAAGGGCAUGCUUGAUAGAAAUAUAAACUCGCACUAUCCUCAAAAUUAAAAGGUUUAUAAACAACUUUCUAGUACAGGUAUAGAACCCAUUAUCCAGAAUGCUUGGGACCAAGGGUAUUCCGGAUAAGGGAUAUAGGAGAAAGACUUUCUGUAGUUAUAAGCUUUGUGGCUAACGGAAUUCUGGAUAACGGAUCCCAUACCUGUACUCUGUGGUUUUGUCAUCUCUCUUCCAACCAAAACUCAAGUUUCCACAAUGGUUUGCAUGCUUCUUCACAGGUGUUAAUUAGUUGGCUUCUGCUAAAUUGUUUCAAGACACAGAUCGAGCAAUGCAUAGAAUGAAAAAAUGAAUAGACGUCUAACUUUUCAAUAGAAAAUAUUUAACACUUUAAAACCAUCAAGAUGUAUUAAUGUAUAUAGGAAUAGGGCAUGGAAUUAAAAUUUCCUUUAUGAAACUAAAAGAGUUUGGGUGGAGUUCAGUAUCAUUUAUGAGCAGCUUAUCUUAUAACUUGUCUACACACGAGCAAUGGGUCCACCCUUUUAGCUUAAAGGAAUACUGUCAUGGGAAAACAUGUUUUUUUUCAAAACACAUCAGUUAAUAGAGCUUUUCCAGCAGAAUUCUGCAUUGAAAUCUGUUUUUCAAAAACACAUUUUUUAUAUUUAAUUUUGAAAUUUCACAUGGGGCUAGACAUAUUCUUCAUUUCCCAGAGUGCUACAGCCAUGUGACUUGUUUUCUGAUAAACUUCAGUCACACUGCUGCACUGCAAGUUGGAGUGAUAUAGCCCCCCUCCCAGAAGACAAUCGGCAGAACCAUGGGAAGGUAGCAAGAUAUCCGCUCCCAGGAGGUAUCAGAAUAGCAUUCAAUAGCAAGAAAUCGAAGUCCGGCUUGUGACUCCCCCAGUUACAUGUGAGAAGGAGAAACAAUAGGUUACCUGAAAGCAGUUCUAAUGUGUAUCGCUGGCUCCUGAGACUCAGGCACAAUGCACUGAGAUAGCUGCCUACACACCCAAUUACAACUAAAAAAAAAAUACAUUUGUUGGUUCAAAAAUAAAAUUUUAAAUGGUAAAGUGAAUUAUUUGUAUAAUUUAGAAAUAAAAAGUAUAGCAUAAAAAUCAGGACAGUAUCGCUUUAACUUUACAAAGUAAUACUGAACAAUCUUGUGUUACCCCAUACAACUAGUUAUUCAGGUUUUUUGUGUCACAUUGAUAGCUUUAUGCACUUACUUAGCCUUUAGUUAUUGUGCUUAUUUGCUGCAGUUGUCAUUAUAUGGAUUAGCUGGCAAGCCUUUAUGUAGUUUUAUUUUUGUUGUUUUUAUGCCUGUAAAGGAGCAGUCAUCUCUCAAUGCUAUGUUCAACACCUCAUUCUGUUCAUUGUAUAGAUGCACGUCAUACACAAUAUGCAUUUGUUUAUGCAGUAAAAUGUAGAGGGCAUUGCAGAGCUACUCAUGCACAACUGCAGCUUUGAGAAACACUGCCAUAGGGAAUUAGACAAUGUCAGAUGUUUGGUUAACAUAAUUGCAGUUUCACAAUUGGCACCCCACACACCCUACACCGAAUUUAUGCAUGAUCCCGAACACAGUAUAAUAGGGAUGCACUGAACCCACCUGUUUUGUAUUUGGCUUAAUCCGAACCCUCAGCACUGCUGGAAAUUGCCAACGGGCAUGAAGCAAAUUUUUUUCUUUAAAUAGGGUUCGUAUUUGGUUUGGCCAGGAUCUUGACAAAAAAUGGCUCAGAUUCAGCUGAAUCCCAAAACCGAAUAUGGGAUUUGUUGUAUCCAUACAAUAUAGUGGCAUCAACAUAUGGAUGUAUUGGUAGCCGUUGUAGACUAGGUCUAUCUAUACAGUUCUAGAAUUAAAUUCUUUGUUACAACUUAAUAACAUCUUUUUUCCUUAGGGGGAGUCUGUCGUGAUUUUUAUGCUGUCAUUUUUAUCACUAAAUUAUACCAUAUACUUUGCAAAUAAUUAAUUCUACCAUUUAAAAUGUUAUACUUGAACCAAUAAAUUUUAUUUUUUUAGUUCCAUAACAGAGAAGGAAUCCACACUCUCAGGGCUUAUUGUGAAAACAACAGGUUGUUUAAUUAGUUUCAGCUAAUCCAGUAGCCUUUAUCAAGUACACACUGCAUUCUUAAACAUAAAUGACCAAAUGAGCCUUUUUAAUAUUUUCAAGUUGUAUAAAUAACAAAUUAUUUUUUUUAGUUGUAAUAAUAGUGUGUAAGCAGCCAUCUCGGGUCAUUGUGCCUGAUUCUGUGCUUUCCGAAAGAGCCAGCACUUCACAAUGCAAGUGCUUUCAGAUAAGCAAUUGUUUCCCCUACUUAAUGUAGUUAGAGAAGUCAUGACUAGACAUGACUUUUUUUUUUACAAUGUAGGUGUCAAGGAGCUGUUAUAUUGUUACCUCCCCAGUGUUCUGCUGAUGUGUUGCUGGGGAGGGAAGGAGUGUGUGACAUCACUCCAACUUGCAAUGGAGCAGUAAAGGGUGACUGAAGUUUAAAGACUAAGAACAUGUCUAAUUUGUCACAUCAAAUUUCAAAAUUAAAGGGGAACAAUCAUGAAAUUUUUUUUACAAUAUUGAAAAUAUAAAGUCUAGACAAACAGUUUUAGUUAUGCCUAAUUAUUGAAGCAGCCCCCCCAAUCUCCAGAAUCUCUAGUUUCCGGGUCUGUGUCAGUGACACAGAAAUGCGUGAAUAACAAAGCAGGUGAAAGCUGAUUUGCUGCCCCAUGUCAUGAGGCCACACCCCUUAACAGCAAACAUGUGCAAAGGGAAAGUAAAGGAAUGGAGCUGGGCUGGGUGCUGAUGAAGUGGCAUUUCUACAUAUAGUAAAGUAGCGUGUUGUUUAUAUACUUAAUAUCCACAUAUACACAGCACUUCAGGCUCUUUUGCAUUCGGGUUUGUGCUGCUCACCCACAGGCUUAGAUCAGCUGCCACUCACAGACCUCUCUAUGUCUCUCCUGUAGACUGACUAGCCAGGCUUUCAGGGUUCUUGAUUAGCCAGGGCCACCUGGUCAGUCUGUAGCAUUUACACUAUAUCCAGUCCAUGUUGGCUAUACUGCUACUGAUUAGCUUGCAUACAUAUAAAGAGUGACUACAAUGUUAUUGCAGAAACAGUAGCACCCCUUUAAAUAUAAAAAAAAAAAUAUUUAGAAAAAUGUUUUUAAUGUAUGAUUCUGCUGGUGAAUAAAGUGUUUUCAUGUGACUGAAUCCCUUUAAGAACCAUAAUUUUAAAGGAUACCACUGCAUGGUUGGCAAACCCCAUAGUCCUAUUUUUUUGUCUUUUGUUUAUGGGCUUUUUAUUUAUUUUAGUGCUUCUCUUCAAGGGGCUAGUCACAGGUCUCUGCACUCCAAAAUGGAGCACAGAUGCCUAUGGCCAUUUUCUGAAAUCAGAACACUUUGCAUAACACACUGCAUCUUUAAACAUAAAUGACCCUUUAUAGUCAUUCAAGUGAGUUUAUCAAUUUUCAAGUUUGUGAAUUCAUGUUUUGCAUUUAAUAAAUACCAGACAUUCGACUCUUUGUACCAUAACUUGAAUUGGAAGAAUUUUAGCACUAAAAAAACUUGAAUUGUGAAAAAAAUCAGACUCGAGUGUUGAUAAAUCACCUCAUAAGUGUACUAUAAUGACAAAUUCCAUCCUGUAUUUGCAAAAGUCCCCAAAUACUUAUAUCGGCUAUGCCUUUUAUAACAGACAACAUAAAGCCAAUGGUUUUAGACUUUUGCGUUAUAAGUCAACCCUCUGUGGCCAAAUUUUAGUUAUUACCUUUGCCUCACUGAAAGGUUACAGAUAAAUAUUACAUAUUUCUUAUUGUUAUAUCAGUCUCUAUAUUGAAAUUCCAGAAAUAUCUGAACAGUGCUUUGAGCAAUUCAUUUGUAUAAAAUUGUUUUCAGUGCACAUUCUGAAAAAGCAUGUGCAAUACUUCCUGAUACACAUACUUAGCAUAUCCUAAUCAGACUCUAAGAAAAAAAGCUUUUUUAACCUGUCAGUUGUAAACCAGCAAUGCCACACACAAAAUGUUUUAAAGGGGCACAUUUCUGUACCAGUUAACCAGCAAUGUCACAAUGUGAUCUCCCUGUAAUAUUUUGAUUGCUUUCAUAGUCAAUAACUGCUAUUUUAUUUAGCUUUGAAUCUGUGGUGUCUACGCCUGUUUUUCAACAUUCUCUUCAUUCUUUGUUCUAUGUCUGGCACAAUAGAUCUGCACAUACACUUCACCUACUUUAGUGCAGCAAGAAAGUGGAAAAACUGCCCCCCUUUUUCUAAGAUAAAUUCAACAUCUAGAAAAGCCCAUGUCUUAUCUAUUCAAAAUGUACUGUGGAAUCCAUUAUUUUUAUGGGUCUCUGCUUUGAAUGUUCCAGGUUUUUUAAGAUGGCCAUACGCGUUAAGAUUUUAGUUGUCUUAUGGUGUAGACAGAUGGGGUAGUCGCCGUAAUUCUUAAAAAAACAUCAUAAAAAAGUUGUGUCCUGGAAAUACAUUGUAGGUCACCCGUGGAUAUCAUUAGAACGGCAAUACAUUCAUAGAUAUUAUUGUUAUCCAACAGAAAUUUUCUAACCUGUCCAAUCACCAUAAUGCGAAAAUUGUAGGACAAUAAUUCAGAGCCCACACACGGUCCGAACAAUCAUACAAAAUUCUGUUUCAUAUGAUUAUAUCAGCGUGUGUAUGACUAUAAUUACAGUAUUCUUUUAAAUAUGCUUUAUGAUGUGUUGUUACCUCAUACAUAGGGGCAUUAUUGUGCUAGAGCUUUACAGUAAUCCUAUAUGACUCAUAUCAGUCCCUGCCUCAGUAGUGUUUACAUUCCAAGUUUCUUUCAUUCACACUAUGGGCAAUACAUGCAUAGAUAUUACUGUUAUCCAACAGAAAUUUUCUAACCUGUCCAAUCGCCAUGAUGCGAAAAUUGUCGGACAAUAAUUCAGAGCCCACACACGGUCCGAACAAUCAUACAAAAUUCUGUUUCAUAUGAUUAUAUCAGCGUGUGUAUGACUAUAAUUACAGUAUUCUAUCAAAUAUGCUUUAUGAUGUGUUCUUACCUCAUACAUAUGGGCAUUAUUGUGCUAGAGCUUUACAGUAAUCCUAUAUGACUCACAUCAGUCCCUGCCUCAGUAGUGUUUACAUUCCAAGUUUCUUUCAUUCACACUAUGGCCAGUUUUAUUAGGAGCCAAUUAACCUACCUGUUUGUUUUUGAUGUUUGGGAGGAAGCCCACAUAACUCCUUGCAGAAAGUGCCCUGGCUGGAAUUGAACCUAGGAGUGCAAGGUAGCAGUGCUAGCCAUCGUGCCACCAUUCCACCCACCCAGUUGAGAAGCAAUGCAUUUUUCUAGAAAAAUAUUACUUUAUAUGGUAUUUAAUCAUUCUAUCUGGUCUCUAUGUGUAUAGCCAAUGUAUGCAUUGUUCUGUCCAUUUUGUUUCAUCCAUUGCGACUGGAUCAUACCUUCUUACACCUGUGAGUUUCAGCCAACACCUAACUGAAUAAGUUCAAUGGAACCAUUGUGAUUGGAUGUCUGUGACUGUACUGCUCUCAAGGGUUUAAAUGCUGGGGAAUUCCCUACCACUCAGGUGAACUGAAGAAGCCACUUGGAUGAGUGGUGAAAUGUUUUAAAGAAAACUCAGAAAAGUCCAAUUGUUUUAGACUUAAUUCUACUAGAAACUAUAUAUCAGUGAUCCCCAACCAGUGGCUUGUGAGCAACAUGUUGCUCACCAACCCCUUUGAUGUUGCUCCCACUGGCCUCAAUGCAGGUGAUUAUUUUUAAAUCUAACUUGAAGCCAAGUUUUGGCGGCAUAAAGACCAUGUGUACUGCCAAACAGAGCCUUUUGUAGUAUGCCAGUCCACAUGGGGCUACCAAAUAACCGCCUUCAUUAGUCACCUCUCAGAACUUUUUUUUAUGCUUGAGUUGCUCCCCAACUUUUUUUUAUAUUUAAAUGUUUCUUAUGGGUAAAAAAAGGUUGGGGACCCCUGCUGUAUAUCAUGACCUGGAUGAAUGAGAAUCUUCAUAGGCAAUUUAGAGUGUAUCAGAUGGUAAAUAUUCAACGCAUUUAGGCGUGGAACUCCAUAGCUGCCUAUUUACUACUGGACUUUUAAAGAUAUACUGGCACCUGAAAUUAAACUAUUUUUUAAAUAUAUCAAAACAUGUCUUUGCAUGAGCUUUAUAAUUUUGACAUAAAAUAUUUCCUGAUGCUUUAACAUUACCUUUGUUAGGGAUACACCAUAUCUGAACCCUAAUUUGCAUAUAAAAUGUAGGCAAAAUCUAAGAAAAUUGCAUCAUCUGAAAAAGAAUUCUCAUUUUCAGUUGGUUGGAAAGAGCUUUAAAGUGACUUGAUAUAGCAUUGGAUCUGUCUAGUGCUCAGGAAUCGACUGAAUUGGAAUCCUGCAAAGUGCUAUGAUUCAGUGCAUUACACUUUUUUAUUAAAAAAAAAA